AUGAGCAAUGCACUUACGGACCUUGUGGAGGCCAGAAUUGACUUUGUUGGCCAGAAUUUGGUUGAGCAGAUUGCUCGGGUAGUCCUUAUUGCUGGAGCUGUCAUCUCCUUCAUCGCUGGAUUCGCCCUCCAAAGUCUCUCAGUCACCUUCGGAGUGUACGGUGCUAUCGUUGCUGUAUUGGCCCUUGUCAUUCUCCCUGCGUGGCCGAUGUUUAACAAGAACCCUGUAAAGUGGUUGCCGUCGAGUGAGACGAGUGAGAAGAAGACGGCUGUUGCUGGGUCGUGA